AUGUAUCUGGGUCAUGGCUCUAAUAAUGAAGCUGAGCUUAUUGGUCUUUUUUAUGGUCUCCAAUACUGUAAGGACCUAUUCAUUCGAAGAGUGGAGGUUGAACUAGAUUCGUUGCUGGUGGUUCAUUGGUUAGAAAAAGGGAGGUGUGGUAUAUGGUAUCUUGAAGAUUACUGGGAAAAGAUUCAAUCGAUGCUUGCUACUUUGGAGUUUAAGGUAAAACAUACCUAUCGAGAAGGCAAUGCAGGAGCUGAUUUUUUGGCUCGUAUGGCUUCGGAUCAGAAAAAUGGUACGUGGAAUUCGUAUCAUGAAGUGCCUCAUUUGCUCAAAGGGAUUCUGAAAGUUGAUAAACUUGGCAUCCCAGCGAUUCGUUUAUAG